CGGCACUGCGCCACUCGCCGCUCUCGCCGGGCCUCUUGCACGACGUACACGCGACCCUGAGCGAACGUCGCCGAUCUCUCCCUCAGUUCUCACAUCAGUGAACGAAAGUAACAUUACCAAUCAAUCAAGAUGUGUGACGAUGAUGUUGCGGCACUAGUCGUGGACAAUGGGUCCGGUAUGUGCAAGGCCGGAUUUGCGGGAGACGAUGCACCGCGUGCCGUGUUCCCCAGCAUCGUCGGCCGCCCUCGUCAUCAGGGUGUGAUGGUCGGUAUGGGUCAAAAAGACAGCUAUGUAGGCGACGAGGCGCAAAGUAAGAGAGGUAUUUUGACUCUAAAGUAUCCUAUAGAACACGGUAUUAUCACCAACUGGGAUGAUAUGGAGAAGAUCUGGCACCAUACCUUCUAUAACGAAUUGCGUGUCGCUCCCGAGGAACACCCGGUCCUGCUCACCGAAGCACCCCUAAACCCGAAAGCUAAUCGUGAAAAGAUGACGCAAAUUAUGUUCGAAACCUUCAACAGCCCGGCUAUGUACGUCGCUAUUCAAGCCGUCCUCUCCCUGUACGCCUCCGGUCGUACCACCGGUAUCGUCUUGGACUCCGGUGACGGUGUCUCUCACACCGUACCCAUCUACGAAGGUUACGCCCUUCCCCAUGCCAUCCUCCGUCUGGACUUGGCUGGUCGCGAUCUUACCGAUUACUUGAUGAAGAUCCUGACUGAGAGAGGCUACAGCUUCACCACCACGGCUGAGCGAGAAAUCGUUCGUGACAUCAAGGAGAAACUCUGCUACGUCGCCCUGGACUUCGAGCAGGAAAUGGCUACCGCUGCCGCCAGCACCUCCCUCGAGAAGAGCUACGAGUUGCCUGACGGUCAGGUCAUCACCAUCGGUAACGAGAGGUUCCGCUGCCCCGAGGCUCUCUUCCAGCCGUCCUUCUUGGGUAUGGAAUCCUGCGGUAUCCACGAGACCGUGUACAACUCCAUCAUGAAGUGCGACGUCGACAUCCGUAAGGAUCUAUACGCUAACACCGUCCUCUCUGGUGGUACCACCAUGUACCCGGGUAUCGCCGAUCGUAUGCAGAAGGAAAUCACCGCUCUCGCACCUUCGACCAUCAAGAUCAAGAUCAUCGCUCCUCCCGAGAGGAAGUACUCCGUAUGGAUCGGUGGUUCCAUCCUGGCCUCGCUGUCCACCUUCCAACAGAUGUGGAUCUCCAAGCAGGAAUACGACGAGUCUGGCCCUGGCAUCGUCCACCGCAAGUGCUUCUAAACAUAUAUUGCUCAGAAUUAAUCACGUCCAUCAACAUCAUCAUUGUAACUCUUCUCUUUCUCUUUUUUGUUUUCUUUUCUAUGCAUCGUAUUUCAAGUUAUGCUAUGUUCAUUGAAAUUAUAAAAAUGCGGAGAAAAGGAAAGAAGGGAGAGAGAUAGAGAGAAAGAGAGAGAGAGAGAGAGAGAGAGAGGGAGAGAGAGAGAAAAAGAGAGGAAGACAAAAUAUGAAAAAGACCGUAAAAUAAAAUAAUUAUACAAAUGCUUUUAUGCUACACAUUUACCAGACUGUACUAUACUUUGUAGUUUGUACAACACGACUGUUUGUUUAUGAACGUUAAUUUAUUGAUAAUCUCUUUGCCCAUCCAAGAGAGUAAUAAAUCCUUUUCUCGGUUCAAUAAAUGCAUUCACACAUCUAUACACACGUAUACAUACGUUAUAUAUAUUACGGUACGCACAAAAUACGCUCGCUCGUUAAUUAUCGCGUAAAUUUGGUAUUUGCGACACCAGUAAGGUAAUUAUAACAACGAGGAAUUCGAUCGAUACUUGAUACGACCGGCCACGUCGACGUCGGCUCAUAUUGCUGUCCGGCGGAUCGUUAUUAUAUCAUACAAUUGAUGACAAUGAUAAUAAAAUCAUAUAUUAUAUAA